AUGUCCAGAGUGGAAGCUUUUGGGGACACAAACCUUCGCUCCCUGCUGAGGGAGUUACGAACCGAUAUUGCCAUGGCAGUAGAUGACGCUUUCCCUCUUGUCUUUGGUUUGGCUGACAGAAACAUUAUCACUGAUCAACUACUUAAGGAAACUUUGGAGAAGGAGGGCAGAGAGGGGAUCCACAAGGCCAUGUACUCGCUCCUGUCCUGGGUCCUGGAGCAGAGCAGAUCCACCAUCAAGGCUUUCUGGAGCAAUUUGUCCAAAGACUACAAUCUGGAAAGCUAUACCAAGCUAAAGCCACUGCUAACAAAUGUGCACCAGAGACGGGUUGCUGCAGGUUUCAGUAGUGAGAAAAAAUCCUCUGGAGGCCACAAAACAGGGAACAUAAAGAAGAGGAGCCAUGCAGAUGGAGACGCAAAGGCACACAGUCAGCAUCCACAGUACCAUGCCAAGACAAGCAAUGGAGCAGGGGGUAAAGUGAGGUUAUUCAGAGUGAAGAGUGAAGCACCAGCCCCCCAGAUAACAUCUAAAAACAGUGAUUCAGUCCAAAAACCAGUUGCUCUGUCUAGCUCCUCCUCAGGUGAUCCACUAAGCAGCCAUGAGGUUGGAGAGAAGACCCUCAUCCAACAGGUGUUCGGCUCCAAUGGGGGAGACAAACUCAGUCACUGUAAAGAAUCAGCUCAGUACCAGUCUGUCUGUCCUUUUGCAUGUAAGCACCAAUAUCUAACAUGCUCUGUUUCUGAGCAGGUUCACUAUAAUGAUGAUGAGUGUGCAGUGUGUAAGGAUGGAGGAGAGCUGAUCUGUUGUGAUGGAUGUCCUCGAGCUUUUCACCUGACCUGCCUCCACCCUCCACUCACAUCCAUACCAAGUGGACCUUGGCAGUGCGAGUGGUGCUGUGGAAACAGAGUGAAAAUAGAGAAAACACAACAACCUCUGCAACCACUCAUUGCCCAGCCUCAGCAAACAAAUACAAACUCCAGUACCUCUAUGGUAGACAUCUCCUUCUUCUCCUCGCUGUCAUCCUCAUCUCUCACCCCUAUCACAGCUUCAAUGAAUGGAUCCGGUGGAAGAAACCUCCAGUGCUCAGGUGGAGAACUGAUCAAUAUGAGGGAGGUGUGUGGUGUUUGUCACCUGGAAGGAGGAGACCUCACUCAAUGCCUGCAGUGUUUGCAGCAUUUCCAUGUGCACUGCCACUUCUUCAAAGGAAGGUCCACCUGCUUGUCCUGCUCCGGGGUCUGGGGAGGAUCUGCAGGGACGGAGGCAGAAAGUCCACAGCUCCCCCUAAUGGAUCAAAGCACAUACACUCCUGAUAAGAGCUCCUCUGUUUCUGAACCCAACCUCCAUAAAGAUGAACUGGACUCCAUUCUGGGAGACCAGGGCUCUAUUGACGGCAUCUAUCAGUGGGCUUUCCAUAACAUUGCUCGGCCUCUUCCAGAUUCUCAGGGUUGCUUCCAGUGACAAAUGAAUUCUGCGAUCAAGUCUGAUAUAUCUACCAGGCUGAAGUUAAACUGCAAAGAAGCAAAGAGGAAUAAUCAAACAGAAAUGACAGAAUACAGUGAAGAAUAUUUUCUUAUAUUCUGCUGAACCUUUGGUGGCUCUAGUUAAGAUUGAUUGAGUUUGCAUUGGAAAUUGUGGAAUUUUAUAUUGUGUUUUUUUAUGGGAAAACAUUCCUUUGAUUAUUCUGAUCAUGUACAAAAUAAAAGUUACUUUAUUAACAUUGGCAUUAACACUACAAUCCACCAUUCUUGACACAUAGAGCCGUGUUGAUUUAUGAGUGCAUCUUUAAAUCACGACCCGUUUGACAUAAUUUAGCAUCGCCGAGUUUAAUUUGUCUUCUAAUGGCUUGAUUUUUUUUUUUUCAUUCUGAGACGCAUAUUUUCCGUAAAAUGUGCUUCCAAUAGUUCCUUUACUUUGCAGGAUUCGAUCAUGAAUAUUGCUUCCCAUCAAAC